GACUGUGUGUGUGACUGUGUGUGACCGUGACCAUGCAGUGUUGGGAACAGACAAGGUCUUCUGGCCCGCCCAGUCUAUUUGCUGACCUUUUGCUGUGAAUCCACCAGCCCAGAUAUCACCGGAUGUCACCGCUGCCUUCUCUUUCCUUUCUAGGCUUUCAAGCCCCAGCCCUGCCCUGCCAUCCCUCGGCCACCGCUGAUGAGACCAUGGGCACUGAUGGUCACUAGGUGGUCCCCCUCUGCGCCCGUGGGUCAGCCGAGAUUCCCUGCAAGAGCCGGCAGCGCUCGGGGCCCACCUUGGGGAAGCUCCGGCUGCUCGGGCCCCCUGGCCAGUUCACCUGCCCAGGAUGAGCGCUUCCCCUUCCACCAGCUGCUGCCCCGAGCAGUGUGCCGCAUAGAGGAGCGCCGAGCCGGCAGGAGCUUGCGAAUGCUGCGCCCAGCCUCCCAGCAGAGCCCAUUCAUGGUUGAUCUCCACGAGCAGGUGCAUCAGGGCCCUGUCCCUCUGUCCUACACAGUCACCACAGUGACUACCCAGGGCUUCCCCUUGCCUGGCAGCCAGCACAUCCCUGGCUGCAGCGCCCAGCAGCUGCCAGCAUGCUCCGUGAUGUUCAGCGGGCAGCAGUAUCCUCUAUGCUGCCUCCCACCCCCGCUGAUCCAGACCUGCACAGUACAGCAGCUUCCAGUCCCCUACCAGGCGUACCCACAUCUCAUCUCCAGCGACCACUACAUCCUGCACCCCCCACCACCUGCCCCUCACCCACAACCUCCCCCCAUGGCACCCCUGGGGCAGUUUGUGUCUCUGCAGGCUCAGCAUCCGAGGAUGCCCCUGCAGCGGCUUGACAGUGACGUGGACCUGCGAGGUGACCAGCACCCACUGGGGGGCUUCCCCUACCCCACCUCAGCCCCGGGCCCAGCCCUGUCGCCCUCCAUGCCGCUGCAUUACCUGCCUCACGACACACUGCACCAGGACCUGCCAUUUGGUGUGGCAUACCCCCACAUGAUGCCCCGGAGACUGAGCACCCAGAGAUACCGCCUGCAGCAGCCAUUGCCCCCACCACCGCCGCCGCCACCCCCACCGUACUAUCCCAGCUUCUUGCCCUACUUCCUCUCGAUGCUGCCAAUGUCCCCCACAGCCAUGGGGCCCACCAUCAGCCUGGACCUGGACGUGGACGACGUGGAGAUGGAGAAUUACGAGGCCCUCUUAAACCUGGCAGAGCGACUGGGAGACGCCAAGCCCCGGGGCCUCACCAAAGCAGACAUUGAGCAGCUCCCGUCCUAUCGCUUCAACCCCGACAGCCACCAGUCGGAGCAGACGCUAUGUGUCGUCUGCUUCAGUGACUUCGAAGCACGCCAGCUACUCCGGGUUCUCCCGUGCAACCACGAGUUCCAUGCCAAAUGCGUGGACAAGUGGCUAAAGGCCAACCGGACAUGUCCCAUCUGCCGGGCAGACGCCUCUGAGGUGCCCAGGGAGGCCGAGUGAGCCUCUCGCUCUCCCAACUGCCCGAAGCUCUGGAGUGGGGACAAGAGAGGAGGGGGAGGGAGAGGCUUAGGCCUGCCCCCCCAUCCCACCUGCAUCUCCAGGGCUGGUCCAAGGGUUGGCAUCUCCCACAGCCCAUCCCCUGAAGCCUUUGCAAUAAGCCCCUGCAUUUGCCAAGCUCCAAAGAUUCCUUCCUUUCAGCCUGCCCGCCCGCCCUCUGCCUCAGAGCUGCCUCUGCCUGAGCACCCUUGUGGUGUCCCGGCCCUCCCCACCCUGGCAGCCCUCAGCGCCUUCCUGGCGUCCAAGCACUCGCACACUUGUGGGGAGCCCAGGGUCUGAUCCCCCACCCCAUCCCACCCGUGUCCUAGCACACGGGGGCCAGGAUGGGCAGAGGGGGGCUAUGCUCCGACCACCAUUGGUCUUGGUGGAGCCGGUAAGGCACCAGGCAGGCACGCACACGCCACAGCCUGCCUGGGGAACCCCACAUGCUCAGGCGGCUGCCCCAUCCAGGCUGCCAAGAACCAGGGGGACUGGGUUCCCCCAAGCACCACAUUCCAGCUCUGCCCUGAGCCACCGUAUGGGGGGAUACACAAUGGGGGUGAGCGUGAUCUCCAUUUUUCUGGG